AUGGAACAAGGAAACCAAACCCAAAUGUCUAAAUUUAUCCUCCUGGGACUUUCAGAAGAGGCAGAGCUGCAGCCUCUCCUGUUUUGGCUGUUCCUGUCCAUGUACCUUGUCAUCUUCAGUGGGAACCUGCUCAUCAUCCUGGCCAUUGUCAUGGACUCCCACCUCCACAUGCCCAUGUACUUCUUCCUCUCCAACCUGUCCUUUGUAGACAUCUGUUUCACCUCCACCACCAUCCCCAAGAUGCUGUGGAACAUCCAGACACAGAGCAAAGUGAUCACCUAUGCAGGCUGCCUCAGCCAGAUGUAUUUUUUCAUGCUUUUGGCAGGAUUAGACAACUUUCUCUUGACAGUGAUGGCCUAUGACCGGUUUGUGGCCAUCUGUCACCCACUGCACUACAUGGUCAUCAUGAACCCCAAGUUCUGUGGCAUCCUGCUUCUGGUAUGCUGGGUUUUGAGUGUUCUGGACUCUCUAUUACAAGACUUAAUGGUUUUGCAAUUGUCUUUUUGUACACAGUUGGAAAUCCCUCACUUUUUCUGUGAACUUAAUCAGGUGAUCCAACUUGCUUGUUCUGAUACCUUCUUCAAUAACCUGGCGAUUUAUCUUGCAAGUGGACUUCUGGGUUUUAUUCCACUCAUUGGUAUCCUUUCUUUUUCUAGAAUUGUAACCUCCAUUCUGAAAAUUUCAUCUUCUGGGGGCAAGUAUAAAGCAUUUUCCACGUGUGGGUCUCACCUCUUGGUUGUCUCCUUGUUCUGUGGUACAGGCUUUGGGGUGUAUCUUAGUUCUGCUGCUUCACAAAACUCCAGGACAACUCCCAUAGCUUCAGUGAUGUACACAGUGGUCACACCCAUGCUGAACCCCUUCAUGUAUGGUCUGAGGAACAGAGACAUAAAGCUGGCCCUAAGAAAGCUCUUUAGCUGA